GUUGUGAAGACGGCUAGUCCCCAUUUUCUUGUCAUUAUAUUAGCAGGAUGUAUGUUGUCGUAUAGCGAGGUUAGUUGAGUUGCACUAUGAGUCUUUCAAGACAUAACAGCAUAACAGGCUGUGCUUUAAUCACUGCGCACACGAAAUAUAGUUGACUCAGGUCAAGGAAAAAUGGCCCAGAUCAAACAAAACCUAGAUUUCGUAUCCUUUGAACACAUUCAACGCGAAUGAAAUGUAUAAUUGGCCUGAAAAGAAAGGACUAUUAACUGAAAUACUAAAACGAGACUUAAAUGUGUAUUCUCCUUAAAAUGUUGAAAGCAGGCCGUCAUGAAGAAUGACAGUUGUGCUACCGAAUAGUCAAAUUUCACACAAUGUGUUCUACGCAAAACAGAAAGAACAGCAACAUAAGAAAAAGUGAUUAUUUAGAGUAGUAAUCAUGAUAAGUUCCAAUGGCUCCACAGAAGUAUCAGUAAAAGCCAGUUAUAGGCGGCUUAGCGCCUGUCAUAAGAUCUCUUACCGCUGUCUGUUUAGCCAACGCGCAGGCUCUCGUGUUUGGGUUUCAUCUUUUUCGGCACAGCCGCCCAUGGAAAAGUUAUUGAAAUCCCCGGCUAUAACUGUGUCUCUGUUUCCGUCGCGUCAGAUUCUUGUGCUGUAUCCUGAACCGCAGAAUACUUUUAUGUAUCGUUCGUCUUUGGUUUCGCCACAUUGGAUUUGGACUUGGUUUCACCUCAUUGCUCCUCAAAACUUGAGGUGAGUUUCAUAUUGUUUUUAAACAAUUUCCAGGGGUUCAACCAAAUGAGUUGUUACCCCCAUAAAACCUGACAAUAAUAUUUAUAUUGUCCACCGAUGUUCACUCUACAGUUACUUUGAUAAUGACUAGGAAAAUUUGUUUAACAAUCAGGUACUUCUUAGAUCUGUGACCAUUUCUCUUAUUCUCAUGACCUUUACAAUUGAUUCAAGGAUAAUAAUGUGAGGAUAAAUUAGAAACCAGUCUCUCACGAAUUAGAGGGUUGAGGGGCGAUCUGAAAUUUCUCUUGUGAUGAUUGUGCAGGUAACUGAGUCUGGAAAUCAUACAGAUGUUCCAUUAGUUACAAAACAAAACAAAGAUCGUGAGCGGUCGAAGAGUUCCCAUCAUAAAGUACAGCGUCAUUGUUUUAGCCGGUUUUCCCAGUAAUUGAUUAACUAUACUAAGUUUGAAAUGGUGAUUUGAAUUUUGAGCAGACCGGCAACUGUUAAGAAUUUCUAAAGCUGACGUUUCGAGUGUUGGCCUUUGUCUGAGCCAUUUGAGGAAUUUAUCUUUCAAAUGGCACUUUUUCUUUCCACGGUAUCAACGAACGCUUUUCAUUCAAAAAUUUAUACUUUUGUUUUUCACGUUACGCUGUUCUCACUAAUAUAAUGGUGUAGCUUUAAUUUUUCCAUAAAGCACCCACAAUUCCUCUAUACGCUCUGACGAAGGACAAAGUCUCGAAACGUCCGUCAGCUAUAAAACCCUUUACGGCGACCAGUUAACAUUAUCACCUCAGUUUGUAAAGGCAAAUUAUCGUGUAAUGCCUCCCACCGACGCAUCACCACUGUUUCAAAUCCCUUAGUUGAGAUUUUAUAGAAAUCAGAACAAUGGUUAACUGAAUACGUUUCGAAAGCAAACAGCUCUUAUAAAAAAUUUAGACAUUUUACAGCGGAGUGCGCGGAGCGUGACACUAUAACGAAGAGAGUAUGGUAACCUACCAAGGCUAGAAACUUGACUUCUCCAUCCUUAUCUUGCACAAAAAUUAACUGAAGAGAUCAAAAGGACUUUUGCCUUGUUAAUUACUAUGUGAAUUAUUCCAGAUUUCUUAGACACUUUCCACCUAUUUCCUAAUGGAGCUUGCAUUAUCUGAAGAUUUUGGGAGUUUAUGUACACAACGAUGAAGCGCUCGAUAUGUGCCACUAAUUUAUGGGUGAACUCAAAAUGGUGCUUGGCCCGCCCGUAAAGAUUUAUGCGAGUGUGGGUCAAAUUUCGCUAUAGCGCACUUAAUUUACCAAUCAGAGCGAUCGCAUCUCAGCUAUAUAGUUUGUAGAAGUUACCGCAUGAUGCAUUGCGAAGAUCGUAACUUUUCUGCUAUUUUUUUCUUUUGCAGAAUUUCCGUGAUAUUUCGUGUUAAAUCUGCACAGAAGAUAAAGCUCACUGAUCGCCAUCUUCUCCAGCGCCUCGCUCCCAUUCUGGCGUUGUACGUGGUUUAUCUGCUGGCCUGGUCACUAGCCGGCCCGAGUCACGUGGUAGAAAUGAAGAUGCCAGGGAUCUUAAGUUCCAUGAGUGCUCCUUUGACUGGUGGGACCAUGCCAUUUUGAUAUGUAAAGUUAAACUUAGGCCUCAUUCACUCUACAAAAAAAAAAAAAAAAAUACAACGACAACAACAAAAAUUACAAAAAGUAACUUUCUUUCUACGUUUAGGCCUGUAGGUUCACCAUCAGUGCUUUUUGUCAAUCGCGUUUUGAUAAUAUCCUAGAGAAAAGGGAUCUCAUGCUCCAUCAUUUGUCUCCUCCCGCAUUUUGCAUACGUUUUUCCCGCCAGUGCUGAGUAGAGUUUGUUGAAUUUCUUUCUUGCCUUUGUUAGUUGAAACACUCUUUUUGUUCUGGGGAAUCCACCUGUGCUAUAACGUCAGGAAAGCACCAUCCGCCUUCAACGAGAGCAAGUUUAUCAGUUGGUCAAUUUACAAUUUGACUGUGGUCACUUUCUUCCUCAAAAUUACGAGGUAUGGUUAGUUUUAUUACUUACUUCAAAUUAAGGAGAAUUAUUCUCCAGAAACCAUUUCUCUACCUAUACACGAAAAUAAGACACUAGCUGCGUUAUGCGACUUCAAAGAGUCACGAACCUCAGUAAUUUCAAGACUCAGUAACCUGGCCGCACUCGCAUAACCUUUUUGAGCGGCUCCCAAACAACUGCUUCUCUGAUCAUCGCGGUAAACAAAGUAACACACAGAAAUUUUUUUUUCUCACUUUUGGGGUCAAAAGCAUCUUUUGUGGAGCUCUUUAUUGUUCAAGAGAUUACCGAGAGAAAGUAAAAGUUAGCUUGGAUGAAAGGUUGUGAUGUCAAAGGAAAGCUGUCUGGUUGCUAAGCAGUAUUCAAAAUGACAGCUUCCAUAAUCGAAUUUUUAACACACUUAAAGGCAACUUUCGAAAGGUGAGGUUAUUCCUUGGAAUUUACUGGAACUGCCUUCAGUGUCAUUCAUUCCAUACAUUUUUAAUGGUGAAGAUAAAAUGAUAUUGUUUCUGUAGCAUAUUGUCUCUUUGAAAGAUUAGCCUAAAGGAUCCAACAUCAUUCCAUAUUGUUGAAUUGAACUUUAUUGAAAGAUGUUGGUCGUGGUGUCCAAACGAAUUUAACAUGUUAGAUGCAAUACUCGGUACAAAGGUCUGGGUAUGAACUCUACCCAGAUUUCAUCGGAAACAAAUUCACUACAUUUUUUUAACCUAAAAAUGGCGUAAGAUAGAUCGCGAGUGAAUGAUGUUUAGCCUCUGUUGUUGACUCUGCUGGUAAUGUUGGCAAAGGAAGAUAUUGCGUUGUUGAUGAGAGAGGGAAUUUGGUUUAUACCGAGAUAACCCCCACUGGCUGACAUUUUAUCAAUCAUCUACUUGCCAAAUGACGAAUUGAUAUUGCAAGGAAAAGUUGCCGGUUUUUAAUCGGUUCUAUUAGUUUAAGAGAUAUUGGAACCUUUCCAUUCCGGUGAAUUAUUUUGUUAAGUCCAUUUUACUAAGUACACACAGACGACUUCCAAAUGUAGAAGGGUAGCAAAGUGUUCCUUUUGAUAAGAUAAGAUUGAAUGUAAUAUCCUUUAAUAUUUUGAAAUAUAACUAUGUGUUGAUGUUAUUCGUGCUAAAUUCCACACCUACGUCUGUCCUCUAAAUAAAGAAAUAUCCUUGAUGCAGGUUCAUGACCUUUGAUGGUCAUGACGUAAAUACAACAAUAAUUUGAAGAUCUUUGAAUAUGCAAUGGAAAGUUCAAUAAUGUAGCAACACGCGGCAUUUUACAUGUGUUCUUGUGAGUAACUAUUUUGCGGUGAGCAUCUUGAAAUCUGGAAACCGCUAGGUGCGUCAUCGUUGGUCCACAAACCCUUCCGUCAAAAGCUGUUCUCUGAUUAUUUUUGAUCGAGUGUUUUCGUGAGUUCACAAGAAAGUCAAGUUAUCUUUGGUUUUAAGAACGAAGUUUCAAGUGGGUGAAUUCUGAUAUGUUCUCGUUUCGAAUGCUCUUAAGGUUUUUCUUUUUUCGCGUUGUAAAAUAACUUUUCUUGUAUGGCUGUGGGCACGCACACUGAGAGAUAGGAAUAGAUUGCACUUUGCAGUCUACCAUAAGAUUAAGACUUCUUCUUUACUGAAGAACAGCUGUAAGAUUUUGCGAUUGAAAUAUUACUUUCAUAAGUGUAUUGGUUACUUUCACCGUGUCGGUUAAAAAGAAUGCUUCGCCGGGCGAGGUCCUUUAUUUUGCUUUUUGAAUAAGUUUAUUCUGUGAAUAAGUAUGGUUUCCAUGUUGUAAGAGGAUACUUCCUUGCUUGCAUAAAUAAAUAAAUUUUAAACCUUUCGAUCCACGAUUCAUUCAAAUGUUCCCUUCAAAGGAAAGAGAAAACGAGAUGAUGUCUUCAAGUUUCAUGUAAGCUUACGAAUGAUUUUUUCCUCUGGGUAUCAACUAUUUUUGUCAUUUUGAUUAUCCACAAAAGAAAAAAAACUACAAAACACGGACAAUUUUCCUUACGUUUCUUUCGAGGAAAAGGAUAAAACUUUGCAAAGGAUGGCAUCGCUCCAAAGGGUGUUUUGAAUUAAAAUGAAUGUUUUGUAUGUCUGUGAACAGGGGUUCCAUUCAUUGACUCUGUUUUUAAGAAUUGAAUACUCAUUUUAAAAUGUCGUAGUAAACAUGGCGUCACGGUGGGGUAAUUUACAGAUGUCGAACUUUUCAAUAAAUUGUUACAUACGUUGACAUCAUCAUUGUUAUUCCCCAUAUUCUUAUCUGUGCUUUUCCAUCGGUGACGAACGGAAUUAGUUUAACAAUCAAAGCUUCUUUGGUUUGAUUUAAGUUGGCCAUCAUGCCCUUUAUUCUCACGAACUUAAUGAAUGAUUUAGCAGUAUGACUGUGAAGAGCAGUUAGAUGUUGAUCGCUCUCGGGGUUUAAAGAGUUGAAGGAAACGAGUACAUAGUGGAAGGCUCGGUGAGUUCGCCAACUGAAAAAAAAGACGCAAGAAUAAAAUAAGAGCCAAGAUGGAUAAAGUUCGAGAGGAUUUAAGCAGUUUGUUCUUAGAGAAUUUGCAAAACUUCGGCUUAAUUUAUCCACAUGGACAGACUGCGACUACGCUUCUUUUGCGUUAAGAAACGGUGUGUACUCUAUUGUAAAGAUCUCUUUGUCCGUUCACGACUUUGGAGUCAGUACUUUGAUUAUUCACGUCCAACUGCAUUUCAAAAGUACUACAUGAACUUGUUGGUCGAUAGUUUCAGUCUCUUCUUGUCGACAGUCGCUCACUGUGAAUGGAACUACUAUGUUACCACUUCUGCCUUUUUUGUUCGUUCUAAGUUUCAUUCGUUUUUUAACAUAUUUUAAACGAUCGAUCUCAAAUUAAAGAUCCUUAUUUAUUUCUAAGCUUUCGAGUGUCGUGUUCACCUUGCAAUUUGUUUAGGAAGCGCAGAAUAUAGGGAAACCAAAUCACCUUACAGUUUCUCUUCUCGACGCGGACUCUGACUGUUUCUACGACAUACACCUGCACUCCUACCCAACUCACAGUAUUUCGCUCGCUACAGCUCACUAUGCGAGCAAUAUACUUUUAGCCUCUUGACGAUAAACGAAACCAUUUAUUUCUUUAACGGCCCCUCUAUGUUUGCCGUUGCUGUCUUGGAGACAGUCUAUCUUAAGCUUUCAACGGAAGGUCUUGUUUGUUUUGUGAUAUUAACACAAUAUCAACCAAAAAAUAUGUUAGUAUUUUUUAUUGAUCCUUAUCAUAAAACGGUUUGCUAAAAUUAAUGCGAGUCUGAUAUAAGUGUGAACAAUUUCUGAUAGUUUGUGGGUUGGUGAAAGCGCGCACAAGAGGACAGAUUGCUUCGACUGAUUUUAGCAGCUGGUUCCUCGAACCCAAAGGAGAUAUGAAGGAAUUGGCAGAAAGAAUUCUUGAGACUACUCGAAUGGUUAAUUUUCAGUCCUUAAAACUGGUAGAUUUUAGCUAGUUCUCUCGAAGAGGCUGGUUGCAGACUUUUAAAGACCCUAAACAAAAGAUGAUUUUUCUUCCAACCUGUCUCGAGCCAUUUGCUGCGCCGUCAGAAGACAAGUUUCAGACAAGAUUGUCAGGUGUAUUUACGUUUGCGUUGUGCUACUUAAUCGUAUACAACAAGUUAUGUCGUAGAUACAAAUGUAGAAGACUGGCACUAAUUUAUUAACCAGCAAAGGCAAUGAAAUCAGUUCUUUAGUUGCCAAAGGUUACGUGCUAUGAAGAAAAGCAUUUUUUUUAAUUGUCUAUUCCUAAUGAUACAAUCUGAUUGAUGUAAUUUCCUUCCUGUAACAAAACAUUCUUCAAUCCAGUCUGGUUUAUAUCUAUUUUUGAUCCAAGAUAUUUUAGAUUAUAUUGAAUAAGUGCUGAUAAUACUUUUGGAUGAGAUGUGAUCAACAUCAAAAACAACAAAAAUAGCAACAUGCGGAGAAGGGUGUCGAAUUUAACUAAUUUUUGGAAAAACCCCAUCACUGUCGAGAUCUGAAUAUCAAUUAAUUGCACUAUCUGCUUUACUUUUUUGCUUUGAGAUUUUGAUGUUAAAUCAAACAAUGUAACUCUGUGCAAUUUUUUUUCUUUGUUCAAACGCGUGUCGGCUUAUAAUUGUACAAGAGAUUAUAACUGAUGAUAACAGGACUGAGUGGAGUCAAAUUCGGUUUAUAAUCAUAUGAGCGAUAACAAAAUCGAUUGUUAAUCACGAGUAUGGUUACAGACCGAAUUGGACGAAACGAAAUCUUUCUAACAAUCAAUCAUAAAAUUACAAUUUCCGAGAAAAGAAGAAUAGCCCAGUUAUGAAAGAAAGGAAAAUUUGCAUUAAAAAGACUGACAAAGGAGGCGUAAAUUGUUUAAUUAUUUGAUUGGUUGAUUUAAACUACAACUUUCAACGUGAUUGGCUUAUUGAACUGCCUUGUAACAAGCUGUCCGAUGACAACGUGGCAAGUGAAUUAAUGGGAAGCAGGAAUUUUUUAAACCAAUCACAAUCGAGGAAACUGUAAUUUUUAUGAUUAUAAACUUUUUAUAUUAAUCUCUUGAAUUGUAUGGGUAUUUUGAUGAGAUACAUCCUUUGUGUCAUCUCGGGAGUGAACGGGAUGGAUUGUCGUCCAUGUAGGAAGCUCGGAAAAGGAAGGUGGUUUUUGACUAAUUUUCUGAACGGAAGGUACCUCAUGUUUCACUGAUGAACCCUAUACACCCUAACAACAGUUUGUAUAUUCUCCAUACUGUUCUCCAUACAUUCUCCAAGAUGUUGACAAGGAGAAUUUGUUAAACAAUCAAGAGCGUCUUUGUUUGUCUUCUUCUUUGUUCUCGUGACCUUAAUGUGUGAAUCAGAAGUGAUACUGUAAAAAUAUAUUUGAUGCCAGUCACUCUUAGAGUCAAAGGCUAAAAUGGUUUAAUGGCAGACUUUGUUCCCAUAGGCAAAAUUUGUCACUAUUUGACGUCAUCGCCUUUCUGUGAGAAAAUACAUAAGAUAUGACCACUUUUUUGAAAAUAAAGUAGACGAAUAAAGAAUUUGAUCUUUUUUGGGGUUGCUUAAUAAAGAUUUCCUCUUGUAGUCUAAGGAUUCGAUCAGACGAGCUAAAGCUGGAGUUGGUUCGCUGAGUUUUACCGGCUGUGAUAAUAGAGUUUGACAGUCGAUUAAAUUUGACAGUAUAUAUUGCAUUCAGCUUUGUUUUAAUCGUUUUAAGUCUGCGUUUGGUCGCAAUGAAUGUUGAAAAAAACAACAACGACAAUAAACAACAGUUAACAACCCCGAAAACACAUCCAGAUGGAUACUUACAACAGCAACCUCGAAACUGGAGACAAUCUAAAACUAUGUACUACGAGCAAGUUUUUUAAAUCUUAACGCUAAUUCUCUGUAGUAGCCCUUCUGUCGCGAUUUUUAUCCGCUCUUUGUCCGAUACCCGCCUAUAUUUUGCAAGUUUGCACUGGCACCGUUGCUAAGCAGCAACGAAAGGACUACAUAGCGCCCUCGCCCUGCUGUCAUGGUUGUUUCCGCUGUCCGGAGUCGCUUCUGGCGCACUCACUCGUAAAAUAAUUAUGAUAAUAAUUGCGCGGAUGCGACCCAAGGAAAUUGUUACCUGUUUAUUAAGGAAGUGAAGUAUUUAAGGAGUGUUUAUUUGAUGAUGCCGAUAGAAGAUGAAUUGUUUCAUCCACCGAAGACUUCGUUGUUUUGGAACUUAACCUUUGUUGACGAAUUCGAUCGCGAUUCACUGUCUCUGGGUUUGCAAAUAUAGUAAUAGAUCAUUUUGCCUUCAUUGAUCAUUCCCUUAUGAUACUUAAUCGAUUUUAUCAUUUGAAGGAGCCACUUGAAGUCACGAGUCGUGUGUUUAUCAAGACAAACAUUUACUUCUAUGAAGUGCGCGUAAACAAGUCUCUGUUCUCUAUCAUAAAUCGACUAUCAGAACAGAUCAGGGGUUUUCCGAUGGCGCCGGGAAAUACCGGAAUCUAAGCCAUUAAUUGUUUCAGUUUUACUAUGGAGACAAUAAGGGCUUUUUCUUCGGCGACGUUACUACUAAAAGGGGUUUUGUUGCGUUGCCGUUUAUGCAUAUUACAAGAAAAAAAUGUUGGCCUUAAAUUUUAUAAGUUAGUUGUAUAAUCCAUAUAAAUCUUCUGCGUCUUUGGCAAUCUUCAAUCUUUUAUGGUUUCAUCUCGCCUUUGAGAUUUAUAUCUUAUUCUUUAAAACAUUAUCGUCAUCUUAAUCGUAAGCUGUAAGAAAAAAAUUGCUUCUUCUCCACGAUAUUACCGAAGUAUCGUUCUUCAGCUCGGUACAUACAACUAUCUGUGGAACUGAAAUAAUGGGCACUGCUACGCACUUAAUUUGACGUAAUCAUCUGUUGAAAACAAAAUGAAACAAAGCACAUCAAUAUUUUUGUCUGUUCAUUCGUUUUUUUUCUUUUUAUCUCUGGCGUGUACGCGCGUCGAACAUUUAAUCUUUGGAAUUUAUCUGGCACCUCUAUUAUUAGUGAUUAACCAUUUCCUUCUCUAUUUUCGCUUUUCUUAGCCACAAUACGAAUUUCCACUACGUAAGAUAUUACUCAUUUCCUGCGUUGAUCGUUCGCAAUACUUAUAUGAAGGUUUCUUUCAUGAAGUCAGUACUUUCCAAACGGAAGGGAAUCCCACGUCGCUUUUAGUUUGCUUUUAAUCUUUAAACUGCCGGCUUACCACCUGUCACCGUGAGAAAGCAAAAUGUUUGCGUGCGUGGGUGUUCUGUCAUUUAACACUUUUAGGGGUUUCCACCGUCAAAGACAGAAUGAUAUCGCUUUUGGAUUUCCUGGUUAGUCUUGUAUUGAGCUGCCUCAUUAGAAAUUCUAUUUAUUCCUUGCAUAAGCGUUAAUUAUCGAAAGUUCAUUAAGUGCACUCGAUAAGCUAAGUAAUCAUCUUGUCACAAACAUCAGCGCCCCUUUAUUUUUUUAAAUAAAAAAAAGUUUUGAAUGUUUCGAAAUCAAGAAAAUCUUAAAAAAACUUGCAAGCGGAUAAGUGCGUAAAGUCACUUUGAACUAAAUGCGCUGUGAUUGUUAAGUUUAUUUAUUUGAUUUAUCGCUUAUCAUCAUUGUCAUUUUGAAUGAUCGUCUCGUUCCGAACUUGCUGAAGGAGGCAAAGAAUCAUGGAACGAAAGUGGUGUACACGUAUGGAUUGAGGCGAUGCGUGCCCUUCGAUGUAUUAAGGAACCCUUGCGUCACCAAACGGCUUAUAUCGCUUACAAGCCUCCUUUGUUCUGCGUGUGAAAUACUUCCACUUUCUCUGAAGCAGCGAGCAAAGUUAUAACUUAAUGUUGCUUUAAUUUGCCAUUGACGGAGUUAAUUGUUUCGUUACGCACGUCAUUGGUGAAAAGAACGUUACAUCAAUGGAACGUUCUGGAAAACACGCGACGGUGGAACUCUAUUCACGCCACGAGGAACUAAUGCAUUUUGGAACGUAUCACUACUUCAUUCUCUUGGGUGACUGUACGAGAACUUUUUUCGCAGUCACGGGCUACUAGCAACCUUUAUAUCCGAUCUAAAAAUAUCACUGUGUCAAACAAUGAAUAAUUAUGAUAUCGUCACGAGCUAAUUGUCAUGUUUAGACCAACUUUGUCCGAAGGAACGCCAAGAAGCGUUGACAGAUGCUGGGGGGAAAUGGUCGAUGGAUCUUUCCUGAAAAAUCUUUGAUUUCCGUGCGGUUUUUCUUCUUCUUCAGAGGAUCAUAUUUUGAAAAAGGCGUGAGUGACAACCAAACUGCGUGACCCCCGUCGAGUGUUUAUUAUUGUGAGAGAAUUUUAUGACGUCAAACGGUCUUUUAUAAAUAAGCCCACUCAUUGCAAGCACCGAAUCAUUCAUUAUUUCACAAGCCUCUUCUUGUGUGGAUCAAAGCUUCCAGUGCGUCCUGGCACGAAGUGCCAGUGUUUCUCUUUACUCAAACGCACACACAAGCUGGCCAUCUAUUAGGCCGUAACUAAGGGAAUCCCACACUGUUCUUCUACUUCUCAAAGGGAAAGGUGAGUAAUGUGUGAAAGUAAUGUGUGAGUAAUUAUUUCGUCCAUUAUUUUAAAAAUUGGAUUUUGUGUUUGUACGAAAUUUUCGCAAGUGCAAAGUCCGCACGGUACGCCGUUAACCUCUGUUAAACAGCCAUCGAUAUCUGUUUGAACGUGAAACUCUCCUAAAAUCAGAUGUGUGUGGACAUGUAUUUUACUCUAUUUGCGGUUUUAAUCUUGUUUGAUUACACAUGUCUCUCUGAGUGACUGACUGUGUGAAUAUUACUUACCGACUCGUUGAUGUUUUUAAUUUAACUCAAACAAAUAUGCCUUCGAUAAAUUUUUAUGCCCGUUCUAUCCUCUUUUGGCGAUGUUAUCACCCUUAAGACACAGUGUAUGUCUGUGUGAAUUGAAUCAGCUGUGAUGAACUUUGAAUGCAAUUUGAAUAUUGGUCGAAGAUUUUCGGGACUUGCAAAUAUAGAGUUCAAUUAUGUACCUUUUUUUUUACUUUGACCUUUUCACUCAUACGAAACCACAGCUUAAUUUCUAGCUUUUCUGAAGUUCAUUGUUGUUCGUUUUAAUGCAAUAUAAAUUUCUACUUUCGAAUACGUAUUUCGCAACGCGAAAUCGAAACAUGAAAAAUUUCAUUCUGUACUUUUCGCUCUGACAAUAACACGAAAUGACGUCAUCGGUAUCAAACACGUCUGCUAGCGUUGGUUAAUAAUUAAAUGUUAUCGAAUACUAAAUACAGGCUGAUCAGUACAACUCCGAGCUUAGCGGCGGAUACCGUGUUGGGAUGCCAAUUCUUCGGCGGAAAAACUGAAUAUUAAUGUUGUGUUAUCGCGAUGUUUUCUUCUCUAGAUGAGAGAGUGUUUUAAAAUUCGCAUAAUGGGAUGCUUGCCGUCUCGACGACAGGACGAAGAGACUUCUCCGAAGGAAAACUCUCCGUCGAAUAAAGCAUCUGGAAAGCGUUCGAAUCGAACACAGGAGAAGGGAAAAAAGGACAAAGCGACACUCGCUCCGACGAUACAAAUGGUCAAUGCAGACACCUUGAAACUUUUACAGGAAAUCGGCGAACUUAAGAUGUUUCAAACAGCGAGUGAUUCCGAUCACAAGAAACAUAUAGACUUGCAUCAUGACAUAAUGUUAGCCUUAGAGAACCCAACUAAAGCGAGCAACGCCGUCACGUCAGUGUCAACUGGGGCAUCAAGCAAUGUGAUAUAA